AUGGCGGCGCCCUUGCUGAGCGCGGCGCUUCGCGGGGCCCGCGGCGGGCGGAGCUUCGGCACGGCCGGUGGUUUGGGUCCUCACGUUUCACCUCCCCUUUUUUCACCCCUCCCUGAAGAGCCCCAGACAGACAUUGGCCUGCCACAUGAGAGGCUGUCACGGGCAAAGGAGCUCAAGGAAAGAAAGAGGAUCCUGAGGGAGAACCGCCAGAAUGCUGAGAUGGAGCGAGCAGCACGGCUCCGGACUGUGCUCAUUCCCCUCGAGGAUGUCAGGGCUGAGUGGGAGAGGACCAGUGGCCCGUUCCACAAGCAGCGCGUGGCCAAGCACUGCGGGGUGUUCCGGGACCUGUUCGGGGGGGCCACCUUCACCCCCUGGGUGGCCCUGAGGGUGCAGUACAGCCAGGAGGAUGAGCACCUCGUGCCAGUCUACUAUGGGAACAUGGUGACUCCAUCAGAGGCUUCCAGUGCCCCUGCAGUGUCAUAUGAGGCAGACAAAGGCUCCCUCUGGACCCUGUUACUCACAAAUCCAGAUGGACAUUUGAGGGAUGCAGACUCGGAGUACCUCCACUGGCUGGUGACCAACAUCCCAGGCAGUGACAUCAAGGCUGGUAAGGAGAUGUGCCACUACCUGCCCCCCUUCCCUGCCAUGGGGACAGGCUACCACCGCUUCAUCUUCCUGCUCUUCAAGCAGCAUGGCCCCAUCAACUUCAGCCAGGACGCUCGGCCAACACCGUGCUACAGCCUGAAGAUGAGAACCUUUAGCACAUUUGACUUCUACAGAAAGCAUAAGGAUGCUAUGACUCCAGCAGGACUGGCAUUUUUCCAGUGUCAGUGGGACAGCUCUGUCACUUCCACCUUCCAUCAGCUGCUCAACAUGAGGGAGCCCGUGUUCGAGUUCGUGCGGCCGCCCACCUACCACCCUCCCCAGGUGAAGUUCCCUCGCCACCAGCCCCUGAGGUACCUGGACAGGUACCGGGACACACAGGAGCCCACCUAUGGCAUCUACUAGGAGCUGUUCCCUCUGUGUACAUGGGAUGCUGGCUCCUGGAUUUUCUGUGCUCCCCUCAGUGCCUCAGGAGGGAAAUGACGAAGUCUCGGCUCCCAGUUCCCUUGUGCUGGGAACUGGCACUGGGUGCUCACAGGGCUGGCAGCUGUGUGGUCAAGAGGCUGCUU